AUGGCAGCCACCUUAUCCAAAAUGAAUCUCGAUGUUCUCUCCGUGGUGAAUGCUUCACUAAUUUCAUACAUUGAAGCGAUUGCUAUCGUCACCAUUCUCAUCUUCCUACUUAACGAGAUAUACCGAUGGUCCAUCCGCAUCAAGGGAAUCCCAGGUCCGAGAGGUCUCCCUAUUAUCGGAAAUUUGCAUCAAAUAGGGAAAAAGGUCACACCACCCGAACAAUACAGGUUGUGGUCGUCGAAAUAUGGUCCUUUAUUCCAAAUCCAACUCGGAAAUAAGCCUAUGCUCAUCAUCAACAGUGCGGCAGUGGCAAAGGACUUGUUGAUUCGGGAAAGUGGUUCCUUUAAUUCGCGGCCUCUAUUUUAUGUGUUUCACAAAUUUGUCAGUAAAGAGAUUGCUAGUAUCGGGACCAGUCCGUGGGAUGAGAGUUGCAAGAAAAGGAGAAAAGCGGCUGCGUCUGCUUUGAAUGUGGUUCAGGUUGAUUCUUAUGCUCCGAUCUUACGACUGGAGUCCAGCGAUUUCAUUCAAGAAUUGCGCAAAGCAUGUGAUGGCGGUCGUACAGCCUUGAAUUUCUUGUCUUAUGCCCGUCGGUUCUCCAUGAAUUUAUCUUUGACACUGAAUUACGGAACGAGGGCCGAGAACCAAAAAGACUUUGACGGUAACUCUAUGAUCACUGAAAUCAAUGAGGUCGAGAAUAACGUCGGCAAAUACCGAUCGACUUCGACCAAUAUCAAAAACUAUGUGCCUUUAUUGCGCUUGUUCGAUCCAUUGAUGCUUAUGCUUCCUGGCAAUUCACUGCAGAAAGCAUUGGAUAUCGGAAGACGACGUUUGAGUUACCAUGCGGCUCUCCUAGAGGGGCUAAAGACAGAAAUUAGUCAAAGGAUUGAUAAGCCUUGUAUUCAAGGCAAUAUGCUUAAAAAUCCGGAGACGAAAAAUUUGACAGAUCUGGAGCGGCUCAGUGUCAGCUUGAGCAUCAUGGCUGGCGCCGACAGUAAUACGCCAACGGUUGCGUGGGGAAUCAUUUUCCUAGCUCAUCAUCCAGAAAUACAAGAAAAGGCAUUCCAAGAGAUUAAAAGUUCUCACGUUCUCGACUCUGAUCCAUUUGGAAACGGUAAGGUGGCAUAUGUUGAUGCAAUUACCAAGGAGCUGAGCAGAUAUUAUACAAUUCUUCGCCUAGCCAUGCCCAAAGAGGUGACAGCGCCGGUUGUAUACAAUGGUGCCACGAUUCCCAGGGGAACUAUGAUUAUUCUGAAUUCAUGGGCAUGCAAUCGAGAUCCCGACUUCUUUGAGGACCCUUUUGAUUUCAUACCUGAACGAUGGAUUUCAAACUCCGACUCCCAUCAACAAGCCCACCAAUUCGCUUUUGGAAUGGGUUCACGCAUGUGUGUGGCGUCGAACCUGGCACAUAAGGCGCUCUACCUUGCAUUUCUUCACCUUAUUGCGCAUUUCAAGAUUCUCCCAGCUACCGAUGACGAGCCCGCCAGUGUGGCAGAUCCCAUCACCGGCGGCGGUGGAGCAAAUUCGGUAUCGACGCCACCGUUGUAUACUCGGGCGAGGUUUAUUCCCCGAAAUGAAUUUAAUAUUGAUCUAUGA